CAGGAAUUGCACACCAGCUGGGCACGAGCAGGCACGGUUCAAAGGGACCGCGUUCCCCGCCCCCAUCGGGGUCCCGGGCAGCUCGGAAUGCGGAGCCCCCGGCCCCUCUGCUCGGGGUGGGGACAACCAGGGGGCUGCCUGGGGACUCGCCCCGCCAGCCCCCUCCUCCGGGCCGCGCCUGCCCCAGGCCCCAGUCCUCCUCCGUGGUGGGUGGGCCCGGGCCCCCAAAUGCCCGGCCGGCCAGGGGGUCCCCGUCCUCCGAGAUCGCCGGGACCGGACCUGGAACUGGGAGGGACAGAUCUACAGGCCCUAAGGCCCCGACCUUCGAGCGGCGCCUCUGCGUCGGCGUGUGUGUGUGUGGGGUGGGGUCCCCUCGCGGGGUGAGGUCUGGGCCCGCGCACGCGGGGUGGGGACGCCGGGAGGGGAGGCGCAGGGGGUCGCGGCCAACAAGCAGCGGCCGAGGGAGGGCGCGGCCCCUUUAAGACGCCGCCGGCCCCGCCCCGCGCCGCCGCCCCGCCCCCCCGCGGGAGCCGCGCCACGUGACCCGGGUCUUGUGACCGGCGGGGGGAGGCGCGGGGGGAAGCCCGCGGCGCCCGCCUCCAGGGGGCCCAGCCCCGCCGCCGCCGCCGCCGCCGCCGCCGCCGCCCGCGAGGAGCGGGUCCCGCCGCCGGGCGUCCCCGCGAGUCCGAGCCGGAGCCGCGUCCGAGCGGGAGCGGGAGCGCGAGCGGCAGCCGGGCCGGGCGCGGUGGGCGCCGCCCGCCAUGGACCACAAGCCCCUGCUGCAGGAGCGGCCGCCCGCCUACAACCUGGAGGCCGGCCAGGGCGACUUCGCGUGCGGCCCGCACGGCUACGGCGCGAUCCCCGCCGCCGCGCCGCCGCCGCCGCCCUACCCCUACCUCGUCACAGGGUUACCCACCCACCACCCCAGGGUCUACAACAUCCACAGUCGAAAUGUCACCCGGUACCCUGCCAAUUCCAUCGUUGUCGUUGGAGGCUGCCCUGUUUGCAGGGUCGGGGUUCUGGAGGACUCCUUCACCUUCCUGGGCAUCUUCUUGGCCAUCGUCUUGUUCCCCUUUGGGUUCAUCUGCUGUUUUGCCUUGAGGAAGCGAAGAUGCCCCAACUGUGGAGCAAACUUUACUUAAAGGGAACAACACACCUGGCUUUCCCACACCCAGCUAUCUUUUUCUAAUGUAAAUGUCGUGUACAAUAGCUUUAUUUGAUUAAGCGUCAGGACUGUUUUGUAAAGUGAGGUGGGUGGACUGGGCGCUGCGAGGAGGGGCCGAGGGCAGGGGAGUGCGGACGCACAGCGGCACUGCUCCCAGGUUAACGACAGCUCAAUAAAGCACUGCUUUUAUUUUUCGCAGUCUUCAAUUUGAGAAAGGUGAGAAAUACUGUUUUAAAUAAAUGAGAUACAUACCAUUGUU